AUGAACUACGACACAGACCUAAUAGGUCUGGAUUCACGACCCACAGACACAGGACUCACCGACACCGGACCCACAGACACCGGACCCACCGACACCGGACCCACCGACACCGGACCCACAGACACCGGACCCACAGACACCGGACCCACCGACACCGGACCCACAGACACCGGACCCACCGACACCGGACCCACAGACACCGGACCCACAGACACCGGACCCACAGACACCGGACCCACAGGCACCGGACCCACAGACACCGGACCCACAGACACCGGACCCACAGACACCGGACCCACAGACACCGGACCCACCGACACCGGACCCACCGACACCGGACCCACCGACACCGGACCCACAGACACCGGACCCACCGACACCGGACCCACCGACACCGGACCCACCGACACCGGACCCACAGACACCGGACCCACAGACACCGGACCCACCGACACCGGACCCACCGACACCGGACCCACCGACACCGGACCCACCGACACCGGACCCACCGACACCGGACCCACCGACACCGGACCCACCGACACCGGACCCACAGACACAGGACCCACAGACACAGGACCCACAGACACAGGACCCACAGACACAGGACCCACAGACACAGGACCCACAGACACAGGACCCACAGACACAGGACCCACAGACACAGGACCCACAGCAGCUGCAAAAAACAGAAUCCAAGAGCUAUCCAGAAUCAACGCACAUUCACACCAUAAAAUUUACUGA